GCGCUCUACGGUGGCCGAGAGGAAGCUGCGGGUGUGUUAGCGGCGAGUCGAGAAGCACCGUCGGGAGGUGCAGGGAGCAUCGUUUCUCCAGCCUGGCCGCCCGAGUCCCGAGGAGGCGCCCCGGCAGCCGUCACCAUGGUGAAGGAGCAGUUCCGGGAGACGGAUGUGGCCAAGAAAAUAAGCCACAUCUGCUUUGGAAUGAAGUCACCUGAGGAGAUGCGCCAGCAGGCGCACAUCCAAGUUGUGAGUAAGAACCUGUACAGCCAGGACAACCACCACGCCCCUUUGCUGUAUGGGGUGCUUGACCAUAGGAUGGGUACGAGUGAGAAGGACCGUCCAUGUGAAACCUGUGGGAAAAACCUGGCUGACUGCCUAGGCCACUAUGGGUACAUCGACCUGGAGCUGCCAUGUUUCCACGUGGGGUACUUCAGAGCAGUCAUAGGCAUCCUCCAGAUGAUCUGCAAAACCUGCUGCCACAUCAUGCUGUCCCAAGAAGAGAAGAAGCAGUUUCUAGAUUAUCUAAAGAGGCCCGGCCUGACCUACCUUCAGAAGCGAGGACUGAAGAAGAAAAUCUCUGAUAAGUGCCGAAAGAAAAGCAUUUGCCAUCACUGUGGUGCUUUUAAUGGAACUGUAAAGAAGUGUGGAUUACUCAAGAUAAUUCAUGAGAAAUAUAAGACCAACAAAAAAGUCGUGGAUCCCAUUGUAUCAAAUUUCCUUCAGUCUUUUGAAACAGCCAUUGAGCAUAACAAAGAAGUGGAGCCUCUGCUGGGAAGGGCACAGGAAAACUUGAAUCCCUUAAUAGUUCUGAAUUUAUUUAAACAAAUCCCAGCUGAAGAUGUCCCUCUGCUUCUGAUGAACCCGGAAGCUGGAAAGCCCUCUGAUUUGAUUCUCACACGACUCUUGGUGCCCCCUUUGUGUAUCAGACCCUCUGUCGUGAGCGAUUUGAAGUCUGGCACCAAUGAAGAUGAUCUGACAAUGAAAUUGACAGAAAUCAUUUUUCUAAAUGAUGUUAUUAAAAAGCAUCGGAUCUCAGGAGCCAAGACCCAGAUGAUCAUGGAGGACUGGGAUUUCCUGCAGCUGCAGUGCGCCCUCUACAUUAACAGCGAGCUCUCAGGCAUCCCCCUCAACAUGGCACCCAAAAAAUGGACCAGAGGUUUCGUCCAGCGCCUGAAGGGAAAACAGGGUCGAUUUAGAGGCAAUCUCUCAGGAAAGAGAGUGGAUUUUUCUGGCAGAACAGUCAUCUCACCGGACCCCAACCUCCGGAUUGACGAGGUAGCAGUGCCAGUUCAUGUGGCCAAAAUUCUAACUUUUCCUGAGAAGGUGAACAAAGCAAACAUCAGUUUUUUGAGGAAACUGGUUCAAAAUGGCCCUGAAGUUCACCCGGGAGCAAAUUUCAUUCAGCAGAGACAUACACAGAUGAAAAGGUUUCUGAAAUACGGAAAUCGGGAAAAGAUGGCUCAGGAGCUCAAGUAUGGUGACAUCGUAGAGAGACACCUCAUCGAUGGCGACGUGGUGCUGUUCAAUCGGCAGCCCUCACUGCACAAGCUGAGCAUCAUGGCUCACCUGGCCAGGGUCAAGCCCCACCGGACGUUCAGAUUUAACGAGUGUGUCUGUACACCCUACAAUGCAGACUUUGAUGGUGAUGAAAUGAACCUUCAUCUUCCUCAAACAGAAGAAGCUAAAGCAGAAGCACUUGUUCUGAUGGGGACUAAAGCUAAUCUUGUAACCCCAAGGAAUGGGGAACCACUGAUUGCUGCUAUUCAGGAUUUUCUAACAGGUGCCUAUCUCCUCACUCUGAAGGACACUUUCUUUGACCGAGCCAAGGCUUGCCAAAUCAUUGCUUCAAUCCUGGUUGGCAAGGAUGAGAAAAUUAAAGUUCGCCUCCCACCACCUACGAUAUUGAAGCCUGUCACCCUGUGGACUGGAAAGCAGAUCUUCAGUGUCAUCCUGAGACCUAGCAAUGACAAUCCAGUGAGAGCCAACCUCCGAACCAAGGGCAAGCAGUACUGUGGCAAAGGGGAAGAUCUCUGUGUCAAUGAUUCCUACGUUACAAUCCAGAACAGCGAGCUGAUGAGUGGCAGCAUGGACAAAGGAACCCUAGGAUCAGGAUCCAAGAACAACAUCUUCUACAUUUUGCUGCGAGACUGGGGGCAGAACGAAGCUGCUGAUGCCAUGUCACGGCUGGCCAGGCUGGCUCCCGUCUACCUGUCUAACCGCGGAUUCUCUAUUGGGAUCGGUGACGUCACACCUGGCCAAGGACUGCUGAAGGCCAAGUAUGAAUUGCUGAAUGCUGGCUACAAGAAAUGCGAUGAGUACAUUGAAGCCCUGAACACGGGCAAGCUGCAGCAGCAGCCCGGCUGCACUGCCGAGGAAACCCUGGAAGCGCUGAUCCUGAAGGAGCUGUCUGUGAUCCGCGAUCACGCCGGCAGCGCCUGCCUCCGGGAGCUCGACAAGAGCAACAGCCCCCUCACCAUGGCUCUGUGUGGCUCCAAAGGUUCCUUCAUUAACAUAUCACAGAUGAUUGCCUGUGUGGGACAGCAGGCCAUCAGCGGCUCUCGAGUGCCAGAUGGCUUCGAAAACAGGUCCUUGCCUCACUUUGAAAAACACUCAAAGCUCCCAGCUGCCAAAGGCUUUGUGGCUAACAGCUUUUAUUCCGGUUUGACACCAACCGAGUUUUUCUUCCACACAAUGGCCGGCCGGGAAGGUCUAGUGGACACAGCUGUAAAGACAGCUGAAACAGGAUACAUGCAGAGAAGGCUUGUAAAAUCCCUUGAAGAUCUUUGCUCCCAGUAUGAUUUGACAGUCCGAAGCUCUACUGGUGAUAUUAUCCAGUUCAUUUAUGGAGGAGAUGGCUUAGAUCCUGCAGCUAUGGAAGGAAAAGAUGAACCUUUGGAGUUUAAAAGGGUUCUGGACAACAUCAAAGCAGUCUUCCCGUGUCCGAGCGAACCUGCGCUCAGUAAAAACGAACUGAUUCUGACCACCGAGUCCGUCAUGAGGAAGAACGAGUUCCUCUGCUGUCAGGACAGCUUCCUGCAGGAAAUAAAAAAAUUCAUUAAGGGGGUUUCUGAGAAGAUCAAGAAAACCAGAGAUAAAUACGGCAUCAAUGAUAACGGCACGACAGAGCCCCGUGUGCUGUACCAGCUGGACCGCAUCACCCCCACCCAAGUGGAAAAGUUUCUAGAGACCUGUAGGGACAAGUACAUGAGGGCGCAGAUGGAGCCUGGUUCUGCGGUGGGUGCGCUCUGUGCCCAGAGCAUUGGCGAGCCAGGCACCCAGAUGACCCUGAAGACUUUCCACUUCGCAGGCGUGGCCUCCAUGAAUAUCACCCUGGGCGUGCCCCGGAUUAAAGAGAUCAUCAACGCGUCCAAGGCUAUCAGCACUCCGAUCAUCACAGCACAGCUAGACAAGGACGACGACGCUGACUACGCUCGCCUCGUCAAAGGGAGAAUUGAGAAAACCCUCUUGGGAGAGAUUUCAGAGUAUAUCGAAGAAGUGUUUCUGCCUGACGACUGCUUUAUUCUCGUCAAGCUCUCCCUGGAACGGAUCAGACUCCUGAGACUGGAAGUGAACGCUGAGACAGUGCGGUACUCCAUCUGCAUGUCCAAGCUGCGCGUGAAGCCCGGCGACGUGGCUGUUCACGGCGAGGCUGUGGUGUGUGUCACUCCCAGGGAGAACAGCAAGAGCUCCAUGUACUACGUGCUACAGUUCCUGAAAGAGGACCUCCCCAAGGUGGUGGUACAGGGCAUCCCCGAGGUGUCCAGGGCUGUCAUCCACAUCGACGAGCAGAGCGGGAAGGAGAAGUACAAGCUGCUGGUGGAGGGCGAUAACCUGCGUGCAGUCAUGGCCACCCACGGUGUGAAGGGCACCCGCACCACCUCCAAUAACACCUACGAGGUGGAGAAAACUCUGGGCAUCGAGGCUGCCCGGACAACCAUCAUCAAUGAAAUCCAGUACACGAUGGUGAACCACGGCAUGAGCAUCGACAGGAGGCACGUGAUGCUGCUCUCCGACCUGAUGACCUACAAGGGUGAAGUCCUGGGCAUCACCAGGUUUGGCCUGGCCAAGAUGAAGGAGAGCGUGCUGAUGUUGGCUUCCUUUGAGAAGACGGCCGACCAUCUCUUUGAUGCUGCCUACUUUGGGCAGAAGGACUCCGUGUGUGGGGUGUCUGAGUGCAUCAUCAUGGGGAUCCCAAUGAACAUUGGAACCGGGCUCUUCAAGCUGCUCCACAAGGCUGACAGGGACCCAAGCCCUCCCAGGAGGCCCCUGAUCUUCGACACAAACGAAUUCCACAUCCCCCUUGUCACAUAGUCCAAGGGAAGAGGGGACCAUUCCUGACCUUGGCUCCUUGUCCUGUCUGCAGCUGAUGUGAAGAGCUUUGUGCUCCCUGGGACAGAGGCCCUGACGUCCCCACCUUUGCCAGUGAGAGAAGGCCCCUGGCGUCCCCAAGAGCAGCUUCUGAUGGGGAACAGCUCAUACUGGUGAGCCUGACUGCACCCCACUGCCUGGGAGAGCUGCAGGUUUUAUUGUUUGUUUGAAACCCCGUCUGUGGACAGCCCAGCCCCUCCUGCCCACCCUGCCUCCCUGGGCUUGGGAGGAGGCCCAGCCAGGUCUUGAUGCCCAUCCCACUUACUGUGUCCCAUACCUGACGGUGAGCCCCCUCUAAGCCCCACACGGGCCAGGCCACCUUCUGCAUUUUCCAUUUCUCAGUCUUGCCAGGAUCUCUCACUGUGGCAUACUCAUGUAAAUAUUGUCGCUAUUAUUUAUUUGUUCCAUUUGAGGGAUUUGGAAUUUUUGGUUACUUUUAUUUUACUUUUGAAAUCAAGCAGCAAUAGAAACCAAGAAAGCCAGCAUUGAAGUGUCGCUGGACAAACUGGUUAAGCUGUCUAGGAUUUGUAAUGGAGCUGAGAGUCUUGUGAGCCCAAGCUGAUCGGAAAUGUCUUCUGUAGGCAUCCCCUGACUACCCUGUGGAUUUCGUCUACCUCACACCCCCAUGGCAGGGCUCUGCCCUGGGACAAUAGCCAAACCCAUUCUUCAUGGCCUGGAGAAGCCUCACUGGAGUUUGGGGCCUGCUGAGGUGGGGACAAGAGGGCUUUCUGUAGAAUUAUACUUACAUUCUUUGGACAAGCCCUAGUUGAUUUCCCAAGUUCUGAUUCAAUGCUGUUAAGGUACUUAGUAUAACCAUUGGUUCUUGUAUCUGUA